UUGUAGAUGGUACUUGACCGAAAUCUGCGGGUGAUAACACAUCGGCUUAAUCGCUAGAAAAAAGUUGGACUUGUUAGUACAUACUUAAAGGCUCGUACAGAUACAACCGCAUAUACAACCGCAAAUACGACGUAAGGGAGUGUAACACCGGCUUGUUGCUCCGCCUUGUCAAGUACAAUGAAUUUUUUUUUACUGGAUAUAAAACCUAUAAUAUCCGCCUGUCAGGGCUAAGGAGCUGGUACAUUGGAAUUUGUCCAUAUCGUAUUCUUCUAGAUUAUAUUUCCUAGAGCAUCAUAUAUGUUAGUUAGAUCAUAGAUUUUAAAUUUCUUUCUUUUUUCCCCCUAUUCCCAUGGCCGCCGAACUAGAAUCGGGCCUCGUGUCUAAGCACUCUGAAGUAGGAGUCCAUGUUGUAUCUACAGAACCUGUCGUGGCUGGUUCGGCUCCUGCCGAACUGGCUGCAGGUAUGUCUACGGCUCGGAAGCUGUUCAUAUCUACCACAGUCAUUCUAAUGAACUUCAAUGUCACCUUGGGUUCAUCUCUCCCCAGCGGAGCAGGAGAUACGUUAAACGCCCAUUUUGGCGUUACGUCCGAACUUCAGAAGCCAUUACCUGUAGCUGUCUUCCUUAUUGGAUAUAUAUUCGGUCCCAUAAUAUUCGCCCCUCUCUCUGAAUCGUGGGGCCGCCGUCCAGUCUUCCUGGUAUCUUUCGGCAUCUAUACAGCAUUUACCCUAGGAUGUGCCCUCGCCCCAAACUGGCCAGUCUUUCUUUUCUUUCGCUUUCUGCUCGGCUGUGGGGCUGCCGCACCGCAAACGGUGUCGGGUGGGCUCUUUUGUGAUAUCUAUCCCGAUCUAGGACCCCGCGGUCUGGCUAUGACAAUGCUGGGCCUGACAAGUAACAUUGGACCCCUCGUGGGGCCUAUCAUUUCAGGGUUUACCUCAACAAAGGUUUGGCAGUGGCAGUUUUGGAGCGCUUUGAUUCUUGCCGGGGCUAAUUGGCCGAUGUUGCUUUUUAUGCCCGAAACAUUUGCUCCUGUAGUCAACGCUCGCAGUUCAAAAAACGCCACAAAGGAGAAGCAACGCCAAUCAGCAACCACUUCUGUUAUAACAGGUAAAGCCCAAUCAAGCCUCAGGAACCGUGUGAGGAUUCUGGCGCGCCCUAUCCGUAUCCUUACGGAGCCACUUGUUUUCUUCACGGAUCUCUUCAUCCUCUACCAAUAUGUUAUCUACUUCCUCUACUUUGGGGCGUAUCCAGUGAUCUUCCGCGGUACAUAUGCAAUGUCCAGCGGGAUUUCUUCGCUGAUGUUUGUCCCUACUGGUAUCGGAGGUAUUUUUGCCAUAGCUAUAUUUGUGGCUUGGGAUAAAUUUCAUAAAAGAAGUGUAGAAAGAGGAAGGCCGUGGGCUCUUCAGGAAGAGUACCGACGACUUCCGCUGGCCUGUCUGGGUGGUCCCCUGUUCGCCCUCUCUGAGUUCUGGUUGGGGUGGACUGCGAGGCCAAGCAUUCAUUGGGCGGUUCCCGCAUUAUCAGGCAUAUCGUUAGGCAUCGGGAUUGACCUUACAUUUCUAGCACUAAACAACUACCUCACGGAUGCAUACGGCAUAUACAGCGCAUCGGCGUUAGCAUCAAGUGUGUUUACGCGAAACAUCUUCGCAGCGCUUCUCAUUCCCCUUACAACAUAUCCGUUAUACGAGAACCUAGGUACAGAUUGGGCUUGUACAUUACUGGGCUGUUUAUGCGUUGCUCUAACCCCGAUCCCGUUUGCGUUUAUUCGCUGGGGACCGGCGAUGAGAAGGCGGAGCGCCUUCUGCCAACAGUUAGCUCGUAUGAAGAAUGAGGAUGAUGGUGGAAACAUGGUGGUCCCUCUUUGACCGAGUUAAUUCCGAUACACGCGUUGCACAUAUAUAGUACAUAGGUAGAGGGGGGUAAGCUUUUAUGGCAAUCCGAAUGGUUGGUAUUCGAAAUUUGUGUUGGAAGUAGAAGCUCCAUAGAAAGUUUUGAAGGAUUGGUUCUGCCUCAUUCUCCCUCACUCUCAAUUGCACCAGUCAUAUAAGUAGAAUCCAAUUGCCCAGCCAUUCCCCGAGGAAGGAGGGUUACACAAAAGUAACGUCGGGGAGUGAUUCAGCGUCAAGAUGUACCCUUAAGCUUAUUAUGAAGUAAUUAAUAACUACCUAACAUAGUUCUCAGCUAAUAUCAACCAUACUCCACUACAGUUCUAUCUGCUAAUUUUUUUGUUACCC